AUGUCUUUGAAAUACGUAGUAUAAAGAAGUGGGUGUUGCUUUCGUCAUUUGAUAGUUCGCUCUUGUAUCAGUAGGUUGGUACUGUUACUAUACAUUUCGGAGGCUGAUACAAAUUAGUCUCUUAUUUUUAUUAAUCAUCUCAAGAGUCAUGUAUUGAUUGUAAUUGGAGUAAUAAAAAAUACCCUCUGUCAAAAUGAUAGGGGGUUUAUUUGUGUAUAAUCAUAAGGGAGAGGUACUCAUCUCUAGAGUGUACAGAGAUGACAUUGGACGGAAUGCAGUCGAUGCAUUUCGUGUCAAUGUUAUCCAUGCCAGACAACAAGUACGUUCUCCUGUUACCAAUAUUGCUAGAACAUCCUUCUUUCAUAUAAAACGUGCUAAUAUUUGGCUAGCUGCUGUUACUAAACAAAAUGUUAAUGCUGCUAUGGUCUUUGAAUUUUUAUUAAAAAUUAUUGAUGUUAUGCAAUCAUACUUUGGUAAAAUUUCUGAAGAAAAUAUCAAGAACAACUUUGUCCUAAUUUAUGAGCUUUUGGAUGAAAUCUUGGAUUUUGGUUAUCCACAAAAUUGUGACACUGGAGUUUUAAAAACAUUCAUUACUCAGCAAGGAGUAAAAUCAGCAACAAAGGAAGAACAGGCUCAAAUAACUUCGCAGGUAACAGGUCAGAUCGGAUGGAGAAGAGAGGGUAUCAAGUACAGACGCAAUGAAUUAUUCCUUGAUGUUCUUGAAUAUGUGAAUCUCUUAAUGAGUCCUCAAGGACAAGUGCUGAGCGCACAUGUUGCUGGGAAGGUUGUGAUGAAGUCUUAUUUGUCUGGAAUGCCAGAAUGCAAAUUUGGAAUCAAUGAUAAGAUUGUUAUGGAGGCUAAAGGUAUGAAAGGUGGAAGUGGCUUGGGAGGAGGUGGAGAUGAUCCUACAGGUGCUAGAUCUGGAAAACCUGUUGUCGUGAUUGAUGACUGCCAAUUUCAUCAGUGUGUUAAGCUUAGUAAAUUUGAGACAGAGCAUGCCAUCAGUUUUAUACCUCCUGAUGGAGAAUUUGAAUUGAUGAGAUAUCGUACCACCAAAGAUAUAUCAUUGCCAUUCCGUGUCAUUCCAUUAGUACGUGAAGUGGGACGUACAAAAAUGGAGGUGAAAGCAGUACUGAAGUCAAAUUUUAAACCAUCUUUGUUGGGGCAAAAGAUCGAAGUUCGAGUACCCACUCCACUGAACACUGCUGGAGUACAAUUGAUUUGCUUGAAAGGGAAAGCAAAAUAUAAAGCAUCCGAAAAUGCUAUUGUAUGGAAAAUUAAGCGCAUGGCUGGUAUGAAGGAAACUCAGUUAUCAGCAGAAAUCGAUUUGCUUGAAACCGACACGAAGAAAAGGUGGACCCGGCCUCCAAUAUCGAUGAAUUUCGAAGUACCAUUUGCGCCCUCUGGAUUCAAAGUUCGUUACUUGAAAGUAUUUGAAUCCAAACUAAAUUAUUCCGAUCAUGAUGUUAUAAAAUGGGUGAGAUACAUAGGCCGAAGCGGUCUAUAUGAGACACGAUGUUAAUAAUCUCAUCGCAUUAAUUGUAAAUGAGUAAUCUCAAAACAUAAAUAUCAUUUUCUCAGAACUAUCACUUUACGGCGCAUAUUUAAAAAAAAGUUUUCUGAAAUACUCAGACUAACUGACAAAUGAUUAAACAAAUAAAUAGAUAGAUACCAAGAGGGGAAGAUUUUUGUGCCAAUGUUUUUUGUAAUCUAGUUUUCCGUGUUUUAUAUUUUUAUCGUAGCAUGCGUAAGUUCGAGUUCUUUUUAAGAGUCUUUGUAUAACAAUUUUAUUCUAUCUGAAUUUUAGUGAAAUUCCAACUUUUGUGAAAAUUAAUAUUUGUAAUUUCAUGCGUUGAAUUAGAUUUUAAUCUUGAAUGUAUUAUAUCGUAUUUCAUUAUACAUUACGUUAAUGACAUUUUUUAGUCUCUUUGUAAACUAAAAAUUCACGACCUCUUUGGUAUCGUUACAACGAGAAAGUUUAAAGUAAUCGCUAAAUAACAUGAAUGAUAUUUAAAAUGAAGUUAGGUUAUUGAACAUUUGUGAAAUAGAGAAUGUCUUGAUUUAUUGUAAAGGAACAAUUUUUGUCUCUCUAUGUUAAAAUUCAUAUGCAUAAUAAAAUAUGUAUGUAAUUUGAAACGUUA